AUGGGAGGCGAAGACGGCGAGCGAGCGCCUAACAAGAACGACGUGAACCCUCUCAAGUAUAUUGAGCAGCGAGUGGCCACUGCGUUCCCUCAACUAGUCGGUCCCAAGUUCACAGCCAAAUAUGCAACAGAACCCAAUGAGUACUUCCUAGACAACGAAGACGUGACGAUGCUCGCUUUCUCUGGAGACAACGUCAUCGCGUCCAUCAAGAUGCCAGCAACUCUUCCUCGAGGCAAGACUGUGUGCUUCACCAAGUUCCACAAGACCGCCAUCACACCCACGAACGUCCUGAGCGACAUUAUGGUAAAUGAGCUGACUCCCAGUAGUGUCGAGUAUCUGGAGCGGAUGGUGGCGGAGAUAUACCUGCCUUUAUUCUCCAACGUCGCUAACCAAGAAGGUUGGGGAGAAGUCGCGUCUAAAGAAGUGGUGGACAAAUUCCAUUCCUAUAUGGCGUCAGUAUCGAUCAUCAGUGGAGCCACCAAAGGAGAGACGUGUCUCCCGCUGCCUCCUAUCGACGGCAACGCCACCAAUCUGAGCAAUAAAGUGUCUCUACUCGAAGGCUCCAUCGUCAUCUGGACCAAACAGAUCAAAAAUGUGCUCAAACAAGACCCCGAGGAUUUACUCAAGCAAGGGCUCCACCCAACUCCCGAUGCCGAGAUUGAGUUCUGGAAGCUUAAAGCUGCCAAUCUCAACUCUAUUUUCGACCAGCUUCAGUCCAAGAAAGUGCGCAAGAUCCUCACAGCUUUGGAUCGAUCCAAGAGUACGUAUUGCGCCACGUUUGCUCGACUGUGUAAGGAAGUCUUCACGGCUCGUAUCGAGGCCAAUGACAACAUGAAGUAUCUGCGUACGCUGGAGGAAUGGUUCAUUCGCCUCAACAACGACGAAGACUUUCCAGCUCUUACGGAGCUCUUCAAGCCGAUGCUUCACAUUAUUCUCUUGAUAUGGAAGAACUCCAAACACUACAACACCCCGGCUCGUCUCGUGGUGCUCAUGCGGGAGAUCUGCAACUCACUCAUUAACCAAGCACGGAAAUAUCUGAGUGGCGAGUUGAUCUUUGCUCUUAUUGACCAAGAUGAAGCUGGACAAGCUGUAGAGCAACUCAAGACGACUCUACAAGUAUGUUCAGCCUUUAAGAGCACUUACUUCGACUACAGGGCCACAGCUAAUGCGGAAUGUCCGUCCAAUCCGUGGCGUAUCCAAGGCAAUGCGCUCUUCGUCCGCCUUGACAGCUUCCUCGAGCGCUGCCACGACAUUCUCGAUCUCACGCAAACAAUUGUGCAGUUCAGUAAACUGUCCAAGAUCGAGGUGGGCGGCACUAAAGGCAAGACGCUGACGCUGAGCGUCCAACAGAUCCACGCAGACUUCACAGAGGCUGUCAACACGUUCAAGGGCGUGUCACUGGACAUUAUGGAUGUGGGUGCGUCCAAGUUUGACGACAAUUUCUACGAUUUUCGCUGUAAGAUCAAGGAACUGGAACGUCGUCUAGGAUCUGUGCUCACUCAGGGCUUUGACGACUGCUCCACCAUCUUCGGCCGCUUUCAGCUGCUCGAUUCGUUCGAGGGUCUUCUCAAUCGACCGAUCAUUCAGGACGAAUUGGAGAAGAAGCACGUUGCUCUCGUGCAGAGCUACGGCCACGACUUGAAGCUGGUGCAGGAGUUGUUCUUACAUUGUCGUGACGCCCCUCCCAUCAGCUGGAACUUGCCCCCGGUAGCUGGUGCGCUCACGUGGUGUCGGGGACUAGUGGAGCGUAUCGAACAUCCGAUGAAGAAGCUACGAGAACUCAACCAGAACGUUAUGGAGCGCGAAGAAGCCAAAGAAGUCUACAAAGUCUACGGCACUAUCAUGGCUUCUCUACAGGAAUAUGAGAACCAGAAGGUGGAGGAAUGGAGUCGUGACGUUGAAGCCUCUUCCCAGGCCAAACUCAAGUUGCCACUGCUGCUGCGUCACCCACAGACUCGCUGUCUUCGUGUAAACUUCGACCCAGCAUUGGAGAAAUUGCUACGUGAGAUUAAAUACCUUCGACUACUGAACAUUGAGGUACCGCAGUCAGCUCUGCAGAUUUCUACCAAAGAAGAGACUUUCCGCAAGUAUCGAGGCGAACUCAUGUACAUUGUGGAGCCGUACAACGCCAUGAUCGAAGGCAUUCAUCCAUUGGAGGAGCCCCUGGUACGUCGGCACAUCCAGAACAUUGACGCCUGUGCUGGCCGAGGCAUCGAAGAGCUCAACUGGAAAAGCUCAGGGAUCGACACGUUCAUUGACGAGUGCCGGAAGGCGGUGGAAGGAGCGAACGAGAUUGUGACUAACCUCAAGGAAAACCUCAACACGAUCCAAGAUACGCUCAGUGCGUGGAACGUGCCGCUGUUGGAGCGUCAGGCGAAACCUGUGGCAGUGAGUGAACAUGAGCGUCAACACAAGAGUUACAUCGUCCAGCGGACACUCAAGAUUCGAGAAGGGGCGACAGAAAUCCAUCGACGUUUGAAGCAGUCGAACACGGGCAUUGUUGGUGUGAACAGUGCCCAAUGGAAGGCCUACGUCGAUUUUGUCAAUGAUAUCGUUGUCAGCGGAGUGGCGCGUGUUAUCUGCUCUUCGCUUGAGUUUCUAGCCAAGCAACUGGACCCAUCGGGAGGCAAAGACGGAGAGCGAGAAGCCCCGCUUCGAGAAGGAACUCAAAAGGCUACGAAAGACCAUCAGAACCGCUUGCCAAUGCUGGAAAUCAAACUGGAUCUCAUCGCGCAUCGGGUGCAGUUCAAUCCUAGUAUCGGUGAGAAUCACGGCAAAGGGCUGAGCGACACGAUUCAGCUAUGGAUCAACUCGUUCUUCAACGUGGCGACUGCAGUCAAACGUCUGGACUCAGACGGAGGAGGCUCGUACCUUAAGGAAAUGCACUCGGAUAUGACGAUCUCUAUGAUGCUGGCUACGAUAAGUGAGUACGAAGAAGAGAACGAGGCGAUGCUGACGUCUUUCAAGCGUAAAUAUGACGGCUACGGGUAUCUCUGGGAGUCCGACAUGGCUGCUCACUUCCAGACUUUUCUAACGACUGCCAUGGUGCCAGGCGCUAACGCUGGUGCAGAUACGCUGGACCUGGAGAAGUUUAACGCCGAUAUUACGAAGUACGAGCAAGUGGCGAGUGAGAUCGAGAACUUGACGACGCCCACGGACAUCGGAUGGCUACGUGUUAACUCUCAGCCUAUCAAGACGGCCAUGUUGACGUGGGUAAGUAAGUGGGUCUACCAGUACACGACGUAUCUGCACCAACACGUGGUCAACAAGCUCUUGGGGCUUCACAACUUUAUGGAGACUGUCAUUAAGGGACUGGAGGAGCAAGUGGCAGACAAGAACAAGGACGCGUUGAAGCGUGUUAUGACGCACAUUCGUGAUGUUCGCAAGCAGAUGGACGCUACGAAUGAACUCUUUGAUCCGCUACGAGAAGCAGUUCAUCUACUGAAACUUCACGGCAUCAACGUAGAAGACACGACGAUUGGAGACCACGCAGUUCAGGAUUACCUGGAGGCAGCGCCGAUGCAGUGGGAAGCGAUCGUCAACAAGACGUUCAAGAAGAAAGAAGAGAUCAUGCCACUGCAGAUGGCGGAGGUCGAAUCUAUCAAGGAAGAACUUGAGUCCUUCUUUUUGGAUAUGCGCAAGUUCCGGAAUGAGUUCCGAACGACGGCACCGUUCAGUUUCCAGGGCGCACCGAAUGACGCCUAUGCGCAGAUGAACAACUUCGCUUCGGCUCUUCACAAGAAGAUGCAACAGGCUCGGGAGUUCAAUGAACUGGAAGAACUCUUCGAGCUCCAAGUGUCAAAGUAUCAGGAGACGACUGAUACUCUGUACGAGCUGCAACAACUGAAGAAAUGCUGGGACUUGAAGGAUCUGGUUCUAGCCACGUUUGAUGAUUGGAAGAGUACUCUAUGGGCUAACAUCCAGACAGAUACCUUUGAGGCGUACGCGCGAGCGUUCAUGAAGCAGUUAAAGAUGGAAGCUACGGAGCACCAGAUCAUCAAAGGCUGGCAAGUAUACAAGGACACGGAGCAGCUCGUGAAGAACAUGUCGACGGUUCUGCCUCUGAUCAAUGAUCUGCACUCAGAAGCCAUGCAAGAUCGCCACUGGAAAGCUCUAUCUGCCAUCUGUCACGUAAAGGCCAUAGAGCCGAAGGACCCCAAGUUCUGCUUUGCUGAUCUCCUAAAACUUAAUCUCCACUUACACGUGGACGACGUGGGCGAGAUCGUGGAGACAGCCAAUAAGGAGCAGAAGAUCGAAAAGAAGCUGAAAAUGAUUGAGGAGUUGUGGCAAAGGCUCACACUCGAGUACGUGCCCCACAAAGAUUCGGGCACGUUCGUUGUCAAACCUUCGGAAGAAGCUGUCGAGUCACUAGAGAGCAAUCAACUGGAGCUGCAGACAAUGAUCGGUAUGGGCAAGUUCGUCGAGUUCUUCAAGGACCGCGUACUGGCUUCACAGAAGACUUUAGGGCACGUGGAGGAAGUAUUGAAGGAGUGGGUGUCUGUGUCCAAGCAGUGGGCUUCUCUCGAAAGUAUCUUCUUGAGCUCUCCCGAUAUCCGUAACCAGCUCCCUGACGAUACCCGUACAUUCGAGUCGAUCGACUCGAAUUUCAAGGAUCUCAUGAAGAACGCAGUGAUGGAGCCCAACGUGGUGCUCGCCUGUUCAGUGGAUAGUCGUCUCGAGUCACUAAAAGAGAUGACAGCGAUGUUGGAGAAGUGUCAGAAGUCGCUCAACGAGUAUCUGGACAAGAAGAAGAAGAUCUUUCCUCGCUUCUAUUUCGUCUCGAACGUGGCGCUACUGGAGAUUCUGUCGAACGGCAACAACCCAAAGAAGAUUAUGCCCUUCCUAGGUGACUGCUACGAUUCUCUGUGUGACCUUGUGUUUGAAGACGACUCGCCCAACGCUGCACACACGAUGGUGGCAAAAGACGGCGAGUCGGUAAAGCUACCGACUAUUUUCACUAUGGCUGGAGCAGUUGAGAGUUGGCUGAAUGAACUUACCGAAGCCAUGAGGUUUUGUCUUCGCAAAGAGAUGCACGACUCAAUCGAGACAGCAGCUAAUUGGGACGUGGAGAAACCUCGACACCAGUGGCUCUUUGACUAUCCAGCUCAAGUUGUGCUGAACUCGACGCAGAUUUACUGGACAGAGGAGACGGAGAUGGCUCUAGAAGAGUUCGAGAAUGGCCAGGAAGACUCGGUCAAGAGAUACCUGACGAUAUGCAAUCAGAGACUAGAGCAGCUCAUCAAUUUGGUGCUAGGGAACUUAUCCAGUCCAGACCGCUGCAAAAUCAUCGCGUUGAUCACUCUUGACGUUCACUCGCGUGAUGUCGUCAAGAAACUGGUAGACGAGAAAGUGGAAGGGCCUCUCAGUAUCAUGUGGCAGCAGCAACUUCGCUUCAUCUGGAGACAAGAGAACUACGACGUGGAUAUCCGCAUCACAGACUUCCGUUCCAAGUAUUCGUACGAAUGGAUCGGUAAUACUGGUCGUCUCGUGAUCACUCCUCUUACAGAUCGAUGUUACAUUACGCUAACGAUGGCGUUGAGAUUGUUCCUGGGAGGAGCUCCAGCUGGUCCUGCGGGUACUGGCAAGACCGAGACGACAAAAGACUUGGCUCGUGCUAUGGCUCUGUGUUGCUACGUGUUCAACUGCUCGGACCAGAUGAAUUACCAGACGAUGGCGGAUAUCUUCCGUGGGUUGUGUCAAACUGGCACCUGGGGUUGCUUUGAUGAAUUCAAUCGCAUCAAUAUUGAAGUGCUCAGUGUGGUGGCUACACAGGUCAAGUGUAUCCAGGACGCUAUUGUGUUCAACGCUGUCCCUGCCAAUCGAGAGGCCAAGUACCAGUCUUUGCCCGCAGGAACUCCACCUGUUGUCGUCGGAGAGUUUGAGUUCAUGGGCGCAUCCGAUCGAAUCACACUAAUCCCGACAUGUGGCUUCUUCAUCACGAUGAAUCCUGGUUACGCUGGUCGUACCGAAUUACCGGAGAAUCUCAAGGUUCUUUUCCGCUCCUGUGCUAUGAUCCGACCAGACUUGAAGCCGAUUUGCGAGAACAUGUUGAUGUCUGAAGGAUUCCAACAGGCUCGUACACUGGCGAUCAAGUUCGUAACGCUGUACGAGCUGAGUGGCGAGCUGCUAUCCAAGCAAUUCCACUACGACUGGGGUCUACGUGCAGUUAAAUCAGUGCUUCGGGUGGCGGGUAUCCUCAAGCGUGCAGAGCCUGAUGUUGAAGAGGAUAAAGUGCUGAUGAGAGCUCUACGAGACUUCAACACACCGAAGAUCCCGCACCACGACACGCCGAUCUUCCUGCGUCUUAUCAACGAUCUGUUUAUCGGCGUCGAAGUGGCUCCCAAGGUCAAUACAGAGCUGCGAGAGAAGGCGGUGACGGUCUGUAAAGCCAACAACUUGCAGCACGAUGACUCGUUCAUCCUCAAGAUCUGCCAACUGCAAGAACUGAUUGAUGUGCGUCACUCCGUUAUGCUCCUGGGACCUGCUGGUUGUGCCAAGACAACGACGUGGCAGGCUCUGGCCAAGUGCUGGAACCUCGGGAAGGAGAAGAAGAUAUGCGUGUAUGAGACUCUGAACCCCAAGGCUGUCACCUCUGAUGAGCUUUAUGGCUACAUGACGCUGUCAAAGGACUGGAAGGAUGGCGUGCUGUCCAUUAUCAUGCGUGGAAUGGCCAAAAACUACUCGGAGCAGGGAUUUUACGAGAGUCAAACGUACAAAUGGGUGGUACUUGAUGGAGAUAUUGACGCCGUGUGGAUUGAAUCGAUGAACACAGUCAUGGACGACAACAAAGUGCUGACUCUAGUGUCGAAUGAGCGCAUCCCUCUGAGUAGUGCCAUGCGGAUGGUCUUCGAGAUCAACUCGCUUAAAAACGCCACUCCCGCUACCGUCUCAAGAGCUGGAAUUCUCUUUAUCAAUGAGAUUGAUAUCGGUUGGCGGCCAUUCAUGGAGUCGUGGGUGGCUAAGCGUGAGGAAGAAGUCGAACGCACGUAUCUGCCCGGACUCUUUGACAAAUACGUGGACCCCAUCUACGAUCUCAUGCGGAAGGGAUACAAACAAGUGGCUCCAGUGCGCCUGAUCAACCAGGUGUCGACGAUCUGCUACUUGCUCGAAGGACUUCUGGGGAACAUCCCAGUGGAGAAGAAGAACCCAGAGGUGAUCGAGUCCAUCUUCGUCUUCUGUGCGACGUGGGCGUUUGGCGGCCCUCUAAUCGUUGAUAAGAGCAUUGAUUACCGCAAGAACUUCCACGAACUAUGGUGUUCGACGUUCACGAACGUUAAAUAUCCGAAGGAAGGGCUCUGUUUCGACUACUUCUACAACCUCGAGUCGGGAGAGUUCGAGAGUUGGAGUACCAAAGUGCCAAAGUACAUGCCAGGUUCCAUCGGAAACGGUCCAGCAGACACGCCAUUUAACUCCAUUGUCAUCAGUACGAACGACUCGGUGCGUAUUCGAUUCCUCGUGGAGACUCUGGUGGCUCGUCAAAGACCAGCGAUGCUCGUAGGCGGCAGCGGAACUGGAAAGACGACGAUCCUCAAGAAUUUCCUGCGAGAUCUGGAUGACGACAUACUCUUCUCGAACAUCAACAUGAACUACUACACAGACUCAGCUAAGUUGCAGCAGCAACUGGAGUCUGUGAUUGACAAACGUUCUGGUCGCAUGUUUGGCCCUCCAGCUACCAAGAAGUUGAUCUACUUUAUCGACGACCUGAAUCUGCCGUACAUUGAGACGUAUGGCACGCAGAACUCGCUGGCUCUGCUACGUCAACACAUGGACUACAAGACGUUGUUCGACCGCGUGGACUUGGGCUUCAGAAAGGAGAUCGUGGACGUACAGUACUUGUCGGCUAUGAAUCCUACAGCUGGCUCCUUCAUUAUCGAUGAGCGUUUACAGCGCCACUAUGCUCUGUUCGCGUGUAUGAUGCCUGGACGGGAAGAUCUCAAGACCAUCUACAACUCAAUCUUAAAGGGACACAUGCAGAACGGAGGCUUUGGCCCUUCGGUAAUGGCAGUAUGUGAGAACAUCGUCAAUGUAUCCAUUCUUCUACAUGAAGAAAUGGUCAACAGAUUCCUCCCAAGUGCCACAAAGUUCGUCUACAACUGGAAUAUGCGCGAGCUGUCCAACAUCUUUCAAGGUCUCACUCGCUCCAAAGGUGAAUUCUUCCCCACUGCCUUCUCAUUCGCUCGUCUGUGGGUCCACGAAGCCACUCGCGUCUUCUGUGACCGUCUGAUCAACGAUGAGGACAUUCUCAAGUUCGGUGAUCGCAUACGAGAGGUGACCAAAAAGACGUUGCCAGACUUGGACCAAGUUGCGCUUUUUAACGACCAACCGCCUCCACCUUCAGGCUCAAAAGACAGCGCUCCUGUUCCCGUCAACAUUUUUACAACAUUCGCAACUCCAGUGGCUGGGGCCGACAGCGUCUACAUGCCUGUGUCUUCGAUGAAAGCUCUUAACAAGGUGUUGGUGGAGCAGCUGGACGACUACAACUCGAAGUAUUCCAUGAUGAAUCUAGAGCUAUUUGACAACGCUAUGGAACACGUGACUCGCAUCUGCCGUAUCAUCGGGAACCCUGGAGGUAACGCAAUGCUUAUCGGUGUCGGAGGAAGUGGCAAGCAAUCACUGUCUCGUCUGGCGUCUCACAUUUGCGGCUUCGACGUGCGUCAACUGUCCGUCACGUCCAAUUUUCGCAUCGAAGACUUGAAGGAGAGUCUGGCGGAGAUGUUCAAGAUUGCAGGUGUUCAGGGCCUCCCCCUGGUCUUUCUCAUGACGGACUCGCAGAUCGUGAACGAGCGAUUCCUCGUCUACAUCAACGACAUGUUGUCGUCCGGUUGGAUCCCCGACCUCUUCCCUAAAGAAGAUCUCGAUGGCCUGCUAGGCUCUCUACGUAGCGAAGCAAAAGCUAACGGAAUCCCCGACGCGAUGGACGCUCUUAUGGACUUUUUACUGCUGCGUAUCCGUCUCAACUUCCGAGUGAUCAUGUGUUUUUCUCCUGUCGGCGCUGUUUUCCGCGUUCGAGCUCGUCGAUUCCCUGGUCUAGUGAACUGCACAGUCAUCGAUUGGUUCCAUCCUUGGCCCCGCGAUGCUUUGGUGCGUGUAGCGUCCAGUUUCUUGGAGAAGUUUGAGGACAUCGGGGAUCUGGCACUGCAACGGAACCUGGCAAACCACAUGGCCGAUGUGCACAUUUCCGUGACUGAGAUGAGUAAAACCUACUAUGAAACCCAGAGGCGCUACAACUACGUGACGCCCAAGAGUUUCCUAGAACUUAUCAGCUUCUACGAGAUCCUACUCAAGCAGCGGAAGGAGGAUAUUCAACGUCAAAUCUCUCGUUUGGACGAUGGACUCUCUACUCUCCGUAAAACGUCGGCGGAUGUGGCUGAAUUACAGGUGGACCUCAAGCAUACCAUGGUCAAAGUGGCUGAGAAACAGGCCUCGACUGACCAACUACUGGAGCAAAUGGGACGAGAGAAAGCGGGAGCCGAAGUGCAACAGGAGAACGCCAACAAGGAGAAACUCAAGGCUGAAACGGCCAGUGCAGCAGCCGCAGAGCUUGCAGCAGAGGCAGAGAAGGAGCUGAGUCAAGCCAAACCUGCCAUGGAUGCCGCCGCUGCAGCUGUCGACUGUCUGUCCAAAGCUGCCAUCACAGAGCUCAAGAGCCUGCCCAAGCCUCCAGCAGGAGUGGACAACGUCACCAAGGCGUGUUUGAUCUUAGUCGAGAAGGAGUACAAGAACCACAAAUGGGAUCGAGCUAAGAAGAUGAUGAACAACGCCGGUGCAUUCCUGGAUGCGCUCAAAGAAUUUAAAGGCGAAGACAUUCCCGAAGCGGACAUUGCGCGUAUCGAGCCGCUGAUCGCCGACCCAGAGUUCACUGCCGAGAAGAUGGCGUCCAAAAGUUCAGCCGCUGCGAACAUUUGCUCCUGGGUCGUCAAUAUCUACACGUUUAACCGCAUCUACGUGCGUGUGAAGCCUCUGAUGGACUCGCUGGAAGCUUCCAAGAAGAAGAAAGAGGAGGCUGAGGAGCAACUGGCUCGUGCCAUGGGUCAAGUGGCGGAAGUGCAGAAGCGACUUGAAGCUCUGGAGAACACGCUAUGCCAAGCCACCGAAGAGAAACUCAAGGUGGAGGAGAUGAAGGAGUCGUGUGAGAACAGACUCUUACUGGCUGGGAAACUGGUGAAUGGGCUAGCGAGCGAGAAUGAACGUUGGGGCAUUGAGAUCGAGCAACUGAAGAACUCUGGAGUGAUGGUCGUUGGCAACUCGUUGCUGGCUGCUGCCUUCGUGUCGUACAUCGGAGCAUUCGACCAAGCUGUGCGUAAGGAAUUAUGGCAGCAAACGUGGUUUCCUGAUCUCAUGAGUAAGGGAAUUCCCAUCACUGAGGGUAUUGACCCAUUGUCCAUGUUGACGACGGAAGGUAAGAACGCGAAGAUGAUGAGUGAAGGGCUUCCAGCAGAUCGGAUCUCGAUUGAGAAUGGUGCAAUCAUUACGAGCUGCAAACGUUGGCCUCUGGUCAUUGAUCCGCAGCUGCAAGGCAUCAAGUGGCUUCGCGAGAAAGAGAAAGAUCGAGGUCUGGUAGUGCUACAAUUGAGUCAGAACCAAUGGCUACGGAAAACGGAGACGGCGAUUGUGAAUGGCCACGUGCUGAUCAUUGAGAAUGUUGGCGAAGAGAUCGACGCUACACUCGACCCGGUGCUUGGACGUGCAGUGUACAAGAAAGGAUCCAAUCUCUUUUUGAAGUUGGCGGGAGAAGAAGUGCAGUACGACCCCAACUUCUUCAUGUAUCUGCAAACAAAACUGUCGAAUCCUCACUACAAGCCAGAGAUCGCAGCUCAGUGUACUUUGAUCAACUUUAUCGCUACUGAGAGUGGCCUGGAAGAUCAGUUACUGGAAAAGGUGGUCAAGAAGGAGCAGCCAGAACUCGAAGCACAGAAACAAGAGCUUGUUCUAGCGUUCCAGAAGUUCAAGAUCGACCUAGUGGAACUGGAAGAUCAGCUACUGGAGCGUCUAGCCAAUGCGCCUGACGAUAUUCUGAGUGAUGUGCCUCUGAUCGAGAGUCUGGAGGAGACGAAGAAGAAGGCGACGGAUAUCUCCAUCUCUGUCAAGAAGAACCAGGAGACAGAGAUCGUCAUCAACAACACGCGGGAACUCUAUCGCCCAGUAGCAGCAGAAGGGGCCAUGCUUUACUUCCUACUCACGACGCUUAGCGCCAUCGACCACAUGUAUCGCUACAGUCUGGACUCGUUCAUCACGUUCUUCUACAACUCAAUCGACCGAGCGCCCCAGAGCGACAAACAGAGCGAAAGAGUACUGAACCUACGCGAGUCGUUGCGAAUCACCAUCUUCACGUGGGUAUCGCGUGGUCUCUUCGAGGCGCACAAGCUCAUUUUCCUUUCCCAACUCACGUUCAACCUCAUGCGUCGCGGUAUUCUGGGCGAGGACGUGCGAGUGCAAGAAGCCUACAUGCAGUUCCUGUUAAGAGGGCCCAAGAAGCCAGCAGGCGGUGGAGGUGAAGAAGAAGCAAACCCCAUUGACUGGCUGCCUCCAGCUCAGUGGACGGCUAUCAACAUGUUGGCUCAGCUCGAAGAGUUCCAGAAGAUGCCGCAAGAUCUCAAGGAAGCGUCCUCGCGUUUCCGUGAAUGGUACAACCACGUGACUCCAGAGUCUGAGAAGCUUCCGCUGGACUGGGCUGGACUGGAUCGGACGCCAUUCCUCAAGCUUCUGGUGGUGCGUUGUCUACGUCCAGAUCGUAUGACGGUGGCUGUGAAUGAGUUUGUGCGUCAAGUUCUGCCCAACGGCAGUAACUACUGUGACUGCGACUCGGCACUCAACGCGUUGCAAGUGAUGGACAAUUCGUACUUGGAUUCGACACCCACGACGCCUUUGUACUUCAUCUUGUCUCCUGGUGCAGAUGUGGUGGCAGGUGUCGAUAAACUCAGCGUCAAGUAUGGCUUCGAGCGAGGUGUGAGUUACCACAAUGUGUCCAUGGGUCAGGGCCAAGACGUAUUCGCUAUGGACCGACUGGAGGUUGCACACCGUAAUGGACACUGGGUUAUCCUCAACAAUAUUCACUUGAUGCCCCGCUGGUUGCUGGCACUAGAGAAGAAGCUGGACGAGUUUGCUUUGGAAGGUUCGCACAAGAACUUCCGCUUGUUCCUGACUUCGGACCCGUCCAACUCGAUCCCGAUUGGAGUUCUCAAUCGCUGUAUAAAGCUGACGAACGAGCCUCCGUCUGGUCUGAAAGCCAAUUUGAAGCGAGCGUUUGUGAGUUUCCCCAAGGAAUACAUCGAGGAGGCAGAAGGCAAGGUCAAGUCGAUUCUGUUUGGGCUGUGCCACUUCCACGCUGUGCUCAUGGAACGCAAGAUGUAUGGACCUCUGGGUUUCAACAUGAUGUAUCCAUUCUCACUCGGCGAUCUACGAGAUUCGGCGAUCUGCUUGCAGAAUUAUCUGGAAAGCUCAGCAGGAGGGAAGAUUCCAUGGGCUGAUCUCCGCUAUAUCUUCGGUGAGAUCAUGUAUGGUGGACACAUUGUGAACGACUUCGAUCGGCUGCUAGCCAACACGUAUCUGGAUUUCUACAUGCGCGACGAAUUACUGGACGAGAUGGAAAUGUUCCCGAAUGUGGGAGACGAGAAAGGCCCGUCCUUCAUGUGCCUCGCUCCGUCGUCCUAUGAUAAAUAUUUGGAGCACAUUGAGACGGAGCUCAAGACAGACUCACCCCUGGCCUUUGGUUUACACCCGAACGCUGAAAUCGAUUUCCGUACGACUCAGUCUGAGAAUUUGUUCCGUACUUUGAUGGAGUUGCAGCCUCGAGAUGCCGCAGCUGGAGACGCUACUAUGAGUCCGUUGGAGUUGGCAAAACAAGGGCUGGAAAUGGUCUUGUCUCGUGUUGGUGAGAAGAAAUUUGAGUGUGAUGAGAUCGCACGAAACUUGGAAGAAAUGGGACCGUACCAGAACGUGUUUAUCCAGGAGUGUGAGGCCAUGAAUGGGCUGCUAGCUGAAGUGGUGCGCUCAUUGAACGAGUUGUCGUUGGGCUUCGCUGGCGAACUGACCAUGUCGGACGCCAUGGAGGCUGUACAAGAGUCUUUGUUCCUCGAUCGCGUGCCAAAGUCGUGGGAGAAACUUGCCUUCCCGUCCAUGCGUCCCCUUGGCUCGUGGCUCACGAACCUUGAAGCUCGACUACAGCAACUCGAGGAAUGGACUCAGAACCCUGCAGAUAUUCCCCGUGCCACGUGGCUUUCUGGUAUGAUCAACCCGCAGUCGUUCCUCACUGCCAUCAUGCAGGUCACAGCUCAGAAGAACCAAUGGGAACUCGACAAACUCGUGAUCCAGACGGAUGUCCUUAAACGCCGCAAUGGCGAAGUGGACGCUCCAUCUCGGGAUGGCGCUUAUAUCCACGGUCUCUUCCUCAUGGGAGCGCGCUGGGAUAUUCAGAACAACACAGUGGAUCGUUCCCACCCCAAGGAAAUGUUCUCGCCCAUGCCUGUCAUUAACUGCAAGGCUGUAGCAGCCGAUAAGCUCGACAUCAAAGGGUCCUACGUGUGUCCGUGUUACAAGACUGAGUUCCGUGGACCCACCUACGUCUUCUCUGCUCAGCUCAAGUCCAAGUCACCGCCAGCGCGGUGGGUUCUUGCUGGCGUCGCCCUCAUCAUGGAUAUCGUGUAG